AUGACCAGCUACCAAAUUAAAGUGAAGACGGGGGAUAGACUGGGUUCGGGUACAGAUGCCAACAUAGAGAUAGUUCUACUGGGAAGCUGUGGGAAGCAAACAGAGUCGGCCAAUCUUGACUGUUGGUUUAGAGAUGACUUUGAACGAUGCAAGACCGAUGUCAUAACUAUACACGAUAAGACAAAUAUUCCUGAAGUAAAUGAGAUCAAGUUGCGAAGAAACAAAGCGGGUUUGUUCAGUGAUUGGUUCGUUGAAAAGGUAGAAGUAACCAAUCAAAGGAGCGGAAAGACCAGCGUUUUCCCAAUACUUCGUUGGAUUCGCCCUGACGUUGACUUCUAUGUUGGACGAUAUGAUGUCUCUCUGCCACAGUUUGAUCCUCGGCCGCAACAGCGCAGUGCUGAGUUGGAUGAGAAAAGGAAGAUGUAUGAGUAUGAGGAGAAAGCCCCAGGAUUACCCGUACAGUUUGAUCUGCAACAAAGAAAAUACAGUUUGAAGGCGGGUAAAGCUUUGGAGAUGAUUUUCGGAGAUGGAUCAUGGAAAACUUUAGACGACUUGACAGGUGUCUAUUCAGAAACAUUUGGAGAACCGAAGGGGAUGCAGGAUUGGGAGAGUGAUAUAAGUUUUGGAUGGCAGCGAUUAAACAGCGUCAACCCCAAUCUGAUUCGGCUCUGUACACAUAUUCCAGACAAAUUCGGGGUGACCGAAGAAAUGAUCAAACCUUUUCUAGAUGGAUUGACUUUAUCCCAAGCUAUCACUGACAAACGUCUGUUUAUCACUGAUCUUGAAAUAUUGGAUGGAAUUUCUCUAGUCGAUGAUUAUAUUUGUCCGAUUCCCAUCGCCCUCUUCUUCGUUAACAGUAAAAAUCAGCUAUUGCCAGUUGCGAUACAACUUUUUCAACAGAAGGGAUCAGACAAUCCAGUGUUUCUGCCAAGUGAUCCACCUUAUACAUGGUUGAUGGCCAAAAUGUGGUACAACGUAGGGGAUUCAAAUUAUCAUCAAGCGUUAACUCAUCUAG